AGAAUCUAUGUCUUUGGCGCCUAUAUGCCCUGGGUCCCCGAGCUGCUACAUAUGGAGCCUCAGGCUGGCUGCGGCUGUGCCAUCGACCAGUGGCUAAUGGGACCAAUGGUAGCUGAAUACUCAGCAGUUUCGUUCUUGAUGAGUUGGCAGUCGAGACUUUGAUUCGUGCCCUUUGCGACGUCUGGAGUCUCGAGAAGCUCUGCCAUGUCUUGCACAGGCAGACAUAUCCAACAUGAGUAUACUUAGUACGGCGGCAACGUUUCCUGCUGUGUGCUAUAUAAUGGUCUCAGUUCUGCUCAGCUGUAGUCUCCAACAAUCAGGCAGGUCCAUCGUUCUAUUCUCUUACUACUUUCACUUCGAACAAUUCACCUUUUUCUCUUCUACCCAUACCUUUCUCUAUUCCAACGAGCUAGUCUCUUCGAUUUCAGUCAAUUACCAUGCAUUUUUCCACAAUCUUCGCCGCCACCGCCCUCGCUGGCGCAGCCAUCGCAGAGGAGCACUUCGUCGCUGUCAGCAACAAGACCGGCAGUCUUGUUUUCCAGCCUGAUAACGUCAAGGCUGCCGAGGGUGAUACCGUUACAUUUCGCUUCUGGCCCAAGAACCACUCCGUCGCCCAGGGUGCUUUCGGCUCUCCUUGCCAGCCUUUGGAUACCGGAUUCUGGUCGGGCUACGUACCCACUGUCGACACCCAGAACGUUGCAAACUGGACGUUCACAUACGAGGUCAAAAAUGCGUCGGUGCCAAUCUGGUACUAUUGCACACAAGGCAAGCACUGUCAAAACGGUAUGGUCGGUGUGAUCAACGGACCUGCUUCUGGCGCAAAGACUUUGGAAGCGUAUCGCAAUGUUUCUAAAAAUGCAGAAAACAAUGUUUCUCCCAACUCGAAGGCUGGCACUGGUGGUAAUCUCAAAGAUAACAGUACCUCAACCAACUUGGACACGACUGGCGCGGCGUCGCACCUCUCUGGCAGCCUCAUCUUCGCCGGUCUGGCGGGCACGUUCGCGUACCUUCUGAUGUAAGAUAUGAGAAGACGGGAUGACGGGAUGAAGAACAGAGAUACCCAUGUAGAAGGAUACAUUUGAAUGCCCAAUAAUCUACGACGGAAGAGAGAUUUAAAGCAUGUGGACGAAGACGGGGGAUUAGACUGGCGUUGAUCAAACAACUGAGUGUUAUACAAUUGCUUGAACCUCUACAUUUAUCACUUUGCGC